AUUUAAGAACCUCCUCUCAUAUGUGUAGAUAUCCCAUAGUUACACAAAUCUUCAUCAUUUCAUUUCCCCCAAUAUUUUUGCCACCCUAGAACCAAUUUUCCAGACAGCCUCCGCCAUGGCAGACCACAUUCAAGUUCAGCGACAACAACUAAAGUUUCCGACGGGGUUCAGGUUUCACCCGACGGAUGUGGAGAUCAUCACCUCCUACCUGGUCCCUAAGGUGUUGAACAAAGCAUUCAACGCCAUAGCGGUCGGGGAGGUGGACCUGAACAAAUGCGAGCCGUGGGAACUCCCCGAGAAGGCGAACAUGGGGGAGAAGGAGUGGUACUUCUUCUCCCAAAAGGACCGCAAGUACCCCACCGGUAUACGGACCAACCGGGCCACGGCCGCCGGCUACUGGAAGGCCACUGGAAAGGACAAGGAGGUCUUCCACCAGGCGACCACGAGUCUCAUCGGCAUGAAGAAGACGUUGGUCUUCUACAUGGGUAGGGCGCCUAGGGGGGAAAAGACCAACUGGGUAAUGCACGAGUAUAGGCUUGAGAGUGGAAAGCAAGGAACACCUGGCCUACCCACCGACAUCACCACCGCCGCCGCCAUUAACGCAUCUUCCAAGGAGGAGUAUGUGGUUUGCAGGAUAUUCCAUAAGAGCACUGGACUCAAGAAGGUUGUGAUGUCGUCGUACGCCAUUCCCAUGCCAAUGUCCAUGGGAGCAGCGCAGCAACAUGGCUUCCUUGAAUCUGGUGCAUUGCCUUCUCUCAUGGGCUAUGGCACAUCAUCGUCAUCACCGGCGCCCCCAUCGUUGCUACCUGCAGCUUCUUCAUACCAGCUGCAUAACGUCGGGGUGAGCUCGUCUAUGAUGGGUAGCGCGAUGCUCCCGAUGAUGAAUGACCACUACUUUGGGAACCACCACUACCAGAAGAUGCCCACCCCACCACAGCCACUGAUGUCGUCCUACCACCAAGACCACCACCAGCAACAACAACAAUUGAUUCAAAUGCCGAUGCAAAUGCAGAUGGGUGCAGACGAGGGCCUCAUGGUCGGGGUCGAGCCUGGGAGCGGGCCGUCGUCCAUAUUGUCGCAGGAGGACACUGUGACCGGGUUGAGCAGCAAUGGCGUUGGAACAACCGCUGAUGAGAUCUCGUCAAUGAACAUAGGCAUGGAUGGCAUGUUGAAGUAUUGAUAAUCAGAUGAUCCAAGUGCUGCUAUAUAUAUGUAUGCAUGCAUAAUCAUCGAUCAAAAGAUGGAUUCAUAUAUACCACCAUCUAUAUAUAUUGGUUUGCACCGCAUUUUAUUUUUCAGUGUGAGAAGAGAGCUUGUAUGCAUUACUUGGCCUGGCUUGCCUCUCUCCUGUGCUAGUAUUGUGUGUAUGUGUUGUGUACUGGCCUGUAUAUGCCACCCACCGAUGUAUACCUGAUAUAUUUGCAUGUGUUCAGUGUGUACAUCAUGCAUGUAUUGAACCUAUGUGCAAUAAACUAUUUUAUAUAAUUUUGAAUGUUUGACAAAA